UAUCGUAUCUUAUAACCGGUGGAGUUGAGUUGGAGAGUGUAAUAAUGUUUUAUUUCUCUAUAAUUUUGGCAAGUUUUAUCAUAAAUGGGCGGUGCCAACAAACAGAUGGCGGGAAAGCGCCAAGGAUACUUUUGAACGAUGGCAACACUAUACCAGCUAUUGGACUUGGCACAUUCUUAGGGUUUGACGAACACGGCCAGAAGAAAGUGGAACCUCGUGAAAUAGAAAUUCCAGUCACAUGGGCUCUUAACGCAGGGUAUAGGUUAAUAGACACAGCAUACAUCUAUGGAAAUCAGGAUCAAAUUGGGGUGGCGAUUCGGAAAUCAGAUGUCCCCAGGGAGAACAUUUUCAUCGUAACCAAAUUGGACAUGCACGACCAGAGAAACGUCAUAUCAGCACUGAAGAAAUCUCUGCAUCAACUCAAUACGCCCUAUGUGGACUUAUUUUUGAUUCAUUUCCCAAUUGCUUUUAAGCCGAAUUCAGAGGAAUUUGAUGUGAUUGACUACUUGGACACUUGGAAGGAUAUGGAAGAAGCGAAACGUCAAGGCUUAGCCAAGUCAAUAGGCAUAAGCAACUUUAAUAUUAGUCAAAUUGAAAGAUUAUUGGCUCACUCCGAGGUAAAACCAGCCGUGUUGCAAGUUGAGGUCAAUCUAAAUUUUGCUCAAAACAAACUUAUAAAGUUCGCAAAGGAUAAUGGUAUAACGGUCAUGGCGUAUUCGCCGUUUGGAUCUCUAUUCUCAAACAGUUCCAUUCCUCCCCCUCCGAGGGUCCAUGAUCCCUUGCUCAAUUCUCUGGCCGAGAAGUAUCGCAAGACUGUACCACAAAUUGUUUUAAGAUACCUUACCCAAAGAGGCGUUGUACCAAUCCCGAAAUCGACACACAAGGAUAGAAUCGAGAAAAAUGUCGACAUUUUCGAUUUUGAACUAUCUCCGGAUGAAAUGGACAUGCUAAGUAAUUUUAAUAAGGACUACAGACUGGUAUGGCCGAGCUUUUGGCAGGACCAUCCUUACUACCCCUUCGAGAAAAAAUCUAAGCCCGACCCCAAUCCCUUCCAUGCAGAUUGAAACUAAAUAAUCUUAAAAUUUGCAUUUUGGAUGCCUUUUAUUUCGGAGGAAUUAGAAAGACAUGUUUAAUCAUA